UCCCCAACAACAUCACCAACCACCCCCGAUGGUGUCCGCUCCGAUUGUCCACCUCUAGAAUUAAACCCCCCGAAUUGAAGAACUUCCUGCGAUCGGCUUGCGACCAGCGCCGCAUUACGUCCCGAACCAACUUAACAUCGUCCAUAGUCAUCCCUCUAUCUCUGAUAUCGCCAAAUAACACACCAUGGUUGGAAAGAAAUCUGGAAAGGCCCUCCUUCGGGAUGAAGGCCUUGAAAGAACAGACAACAACAUGGAAUUAUCGAGCUGGCCUCAGAUCCCUCCCAUCAACCAAAAGAACUAUUACACUGACUACCUUAAGAGAGAUGACCAGUAUCUGGCGUUUCGACUACAGAAUGAAGAAGCGCGAAAUCGCAUGGCCAAAACGGCCAAAGACCGGGACCGUGCUCUAGCUAUGGCCAAAGCGAAUGACCUCGGCAUCCCAGAAGCCGAUGCUGACGAUGGCGAUACCAACAUGGAGGAUGCAGAGGAGGCUACAGCAGAAGCCAUUGGCUCGAAGGUCAUUGUUAUACAUGUUGGCAGCCAGAAUCUGCGAAUCGGACUUGCCAGUGAUGCGUUACCGAAAACCGUUCCGAUGGUCAUUGCGCGGAAGUCUACAACCAGCGAGUCUGAGGACCGCGAAGAGCCUUGCCCUAAGCGAUUGAAAACGGAUGAUGGCUCCGAGUUGGAACCAGAGAAAAUGUUUGGUUCUGAGUUCUCUUCACAAUACACUACGAUGGCCGCGGAACUCAAAACACACAUGCGGCAAAACAAACGCAGGACCCUCCCGAACUCCAAGGAAAUGGUAAUCAACUACAACCGAAGAACUGUGCCAGAGACGAUCUCAGAACACAAUGACCCAAUGCGGGUUGAAUGGACAGAAAUCCCGGACGCCGCGCCGGAGUAUAUAGUAGGCCAGGCAGCUUUGAGGAUCCCAGAUGCGUCGACACCUCGCUACAAGCUCUACUGGCCAAUGAAGUAUGGAUGGUGUAAUGAGCGUGAUUACAAUAGCAAAAGACUCUUAUUCCUGGAUAUCUCGUUGAUUCUUGAAGAUGCAAUCAAGAAUCAGCUGGGCCUUACAAGUAAAAAGGACUGGCUACAGUACUCAUGCGUGUUUGUCAUUCCAGAUCUUUAUGAGAAGUCCUACGUCACCCAAGUUCUUGAAAUGCUCAUGCGGGAAUUUUCCUUUGCCCGCGUCUGCUUCAUCCAGGAGAGCUUGGCUGCUACAUUUGGGGCGGGAUUUACAUCGGCUUGUGUGGUCGACAUCGGUGCGCAGAAGACUUCGAUUUGCUGCGUGGAGGAAGGAAUGUGCAUAGAGAACUCGCGUGUGAAUCUCAAAUACGGCGGAUCGGAUGUGACGGAAGCAUUCGUCAAAAUGAUGUUGUACGAUCAUUUCCCUUAUGCGGACAUCAAUCUAUGGCGUCGGUACGACUUUCUACUUGCCGAGGAGCUGAAAAAGAACAUCUGUACCAUGAAUGAAGCCAGUGUCUCAGUACAAGUGUUCGACUUCCACCUUCGUGUCGCCGGCCAGGACACCAGAAAGUACACUUUCAAAGCUUACGAUGAGGUACACCUGGCGCCCAUGGGAUACUUCCAGCCAUCCAUUUUCGACCAUUCACUAAAGCUCAACGGACGAAGGGAAUUGAUAUCCCGUUCUGUCGACAUCUAUGACGGCCAACCGAACGACCCAACAUCUGCAGCGCAAUCAGAGCUCUUAACAGCCAUUGCUCCUCCUAUCAGUGGCCAGGUGAAUGGCGACACUCAGUCCAGUACUCUGGAUGUGCAGUCCACUCCGAGCCGCUCCCAGCAAGUAAAUGCCCUCAGUCGCUUACAAGAGGCAGAGGCCACUCCCCGAUCUUCCGUUGCCGGAUCUCCUGCACCAGAGGUGGCUAGUACUCCUCAAGCUGGUGGUGCUGGUACACCUGCCGUCGGUGGACAAAGUCAAAGCACAUCGCAGCCCCGUGCACCGACAGUUGAAGAACGCGAUGAUAUACUGCCAACAUUCCCACUUGACAGUGCGAUCCUUAUGUCUAUUGCCCAUGCUGCUCGGUCUGAUGAACGUAAAAUGCGAGACUUCCUUGGCGGUAUCAUGGUUGUUGGAGGCGGAAGCUUGAUCAACGGGUUUCACUUGUUCCUUGAGGAGCGAUUGCAGGCACUUCGGCCUGGAUUUGCUAAAGAGAUAAUGAUUGGCACCCCUCCUCGAGAUCUUGAUCCUCAGGUGGUUGUAUGGAAGGGCGCAAGCGUAUUCGGGAAGUUGAGCGGAACCAAUGACAGCUGGAUUGGACAGUUGGAGUACGACCGGCUAGGUCAUAGACUGAUGGCCUACAAAUGCAUGUGGGCUUAUUGA